AUGGCCUCGACAUACCCUGACCAGUCCGAGGAAACUCGGAGCUGGGCUGGGGAUUUUGACCCAUUGGGUGAAGAAAGUGAACGGAAGGUUCUCUUCUCAGCUUUCGAUUCAUUCAUGCAAUAUCGAAGAAGCGCACACUUGAACACCACACACCGGCGGCGCCAGGCGUUCUACGCCCUCCCAACGAAGCACUGGCAGAUGCUUGCAGAACCGCCUUUCUCACUCCUGGAUAACUUUAACAAAGUUGACGAUGCCAUUGACGCGAACGCCGAUAUCGCAGAUGCCAUUAUCGGGACGGGCCUCAAAUCAUUUGGUCUUCCCGAGCAACCCGACCCAUCGAAUCCGUUGCAGAAUUGGCGUGGAGUUGCGAAUUCUGCUGAUAUCAACAAGGCUCACUCUACGAUCAGGCAGUUUUAUCGAGACUGGAGUGCAGAGGGCCAAGCUGAGCGGGAGGCAUGCUAUAUUCCUGUAUUAAGGGAUUUGGACCUCGAAUUCCCCGACAAACUGGAACGGGAGGAGUUUGUUAAGGUUCUUGUCCCCGGAGCUGGACUGGGGAGAUUGGUGUUUGAGAUCUGCCGGGCCGGGUUUGCCGCUGAAGGUAAUGAAAUCUCCUACCAUCAGUUACUGGCAAGCAGUUGGGUCUUGAAUCACACCGAGGGCGCUCAGCGUCAUGCGCUGUACCCGUUCGCGCUACAUUUCUCAAAUAUACUGUCUAGAGAGCAGCAGCUACGCAAAGUCAUGAUCCCCGAUGUACAUCCUGCGACUGCGAUGCUGGAGGCGCAAGCUAGCGGUACACCGUUUGGGACGAUGAGCAUGUCCGCUGCUGAUUUUGUCGUCCUGUACAGCAGUCCGUCUCAGACGGAUGCCUUUGACGCCGUUGCAACUGUUUUUUUCAUCGACACCGCCCCUAACCUUAUUCGGUACAUUGAGGCGGUCAGGAACUGCCUGAAGUCAAACGGGAUUUGGAUCAACGUCGGACCACUGCUCUGGCACUUUGAAGACGGCCACCAGCGCACCCGCAGCGGAGAUGGGAGCUCCAGCCGCGAUGGCGGUGAUAGCCAGGGCAUCGGAGAGCCAGGGAACGUCGAAUUGACCGAGGAAGAAGUUUUUCUUCUCAUCGAACGCAUGGGGUUUAAGAUUGAGAAAGUCGAGGCCGUGGAGGAGCGGGUAGAAUGCGGCUACAUCCAGGACCCCAACAGCAUGCUCCGCUCCUUAUACCGGCCAUCACAUUGGAUUGCACGGAAACUCAAGAAUUGA